GUUGUGACUCGUGCAUGCUCGUGCCUACGGAUUCAGGGCUUCGGCAGUCUGCAGCAAGCCCAAGACAAUGUGCAUACAUUGACCUGGAGUAUGCAUUUUCCCUCUAUACUGAUAUGCUAACUACGAGAGAACACCUGCUCGGCUUUUCGACCCUCCCUCGCUGACUUUUCUCCGGUGUUGUGGUGGCGCUGCCUUCCACCGCGCACAUGGCCCCUUCGACCCAGUCGCGCCCACGUCGCGCGCCCCGAGUUCACUAUGCAGAGAGUGACAGCGACUCGCUCAGCCUUUCUGAGUUCGAAUCGCGGCCCCAACCACUCCGAGCUGCCCGCCGCAGAGUCCAGACGUACCGGGAGUCGAGCAGUGUUGAUGACAACACGGUAGAGUCAUCGUCAGCUGAGUCCGAUUCCCUAUCUGAAGAGAUCCUGCCACAAGAAGGAACAAGAUCGCGUCCAAGAGUCCCGGACCAAGUUUCUUCACGUCCGCAGAAGCGGUGGCAGCGGAAAGCGCCGCCCGCAACAAAAUCUGCCGCCAAUCCAUUCAGUGCCUUCAAGCGACAAAAGACUCGAUCGUCCGAUGUCCUCCACAAGCCCGAACUACAGGUGUCCGUAAUAAUACCACCGCCUCUCAGCGGGCCGAUUCCUCCCUGGCAACAACUUCCAUACCAUAUACUCGUGAACAUCAUGAGAUACGCAGCCUACCCGCUCUACGCCUCGAAUUCUCGCCCGAAUUCGUCCAUCAAUUGGCUUUGCUCGGUAUCAACUCUGUGUCGGUCAUUCCACGAAGCUUGCAUGGCGGCUUUGCUCUACAACCCUCCCCUAUACCCUGCUUGGCGGGCCCACGGGCUCAUUCAACUCCUCAAGCAAGAGCUUGGAAGCCUGAUGAUCGACUACCGCAGAAAGAUCCACUACCUCGAUAUCGAAGUCAAGCAAUUGCUCACCAAAAGAAGUGGCAUCUCGAUAGAGGGUCUCGUACGGAACACACCUUUGCUCCAGGGCCUGCGGUUAUAUUCUAAUUUUGAUGACAUGCGGACAAUGGUAUGGGCUCAACCAACAGCUCGUAAAAUACAUUGGUCGUACCCCGCAGAGCUCUUCGACCUUCUCGACGUCAAUAAUUUGGUUCUGACAAGCUUUGAAUGGAACGGAAGAUUCCCUGGUCCCAUCGAAGUUUUACAGGCAGCACUUCAUGCCCAUUCGAGGCCGGCGUUUAACAGACUGCGGGAGGUAUCAUUUCUCAAUUUGAUCAUCCCGGAAAAAUCAGGCGAUGUCGAUGUUGCCAAGGCACGAACUAUGUUCGGCGGUGCUCUGAACCAACUUUCGGAAUUAACACAUCUAUCACUUAAUAAUUGCAGUAUUCUGGAUGAAGCCACCGCGCCGAUGCUGCCUGUCGGUCUGGAACACUUGGAGAUUGAUAAUUGUUCGGAGCUAACUUCAGCCGCACUUGAGCAUUAUCUUCGUACGGGUGGCAGCUCCUUGACAACAUUGAAGUUGUUCGACAACCAAUCCAUGUCCUUGGGUUUUAUGGCUGACCUGAAGACUCUUUGUCCACGCCUUCGGACAAUUGACGUCGACAUGCUCUACAUUGAUCCUACCUCCUACCGAGAUCGAGAUCCGCUGUACGAUGAGCUUUUGCCCAACGGCCCGCCUACUUGGCCAUCCACUCUUAUCAACGUCUCUUUUGAAAACAUGCGUCAGCUGUCAGCUGACGAUGCCGAAGAUUUUUUCGAUUCGCUCGUUGAAUCCUCACGGCAUCUACCCCAUUUGAAAAGACUGAACAUCAAAGCUAUUCUCAAGGGCGCCAGUUGGCGGGAUCGUGCACACCUGAGAAAGAUCUGGCUGCCAAAACUCCAGAACGUUUUUCUUAACACGAGCAGACCUUCUGAUCAUGUUGUGAAGGCAGAAAAUCAAUCGGCAAGGUUGUCUCAACGACAAAGCAGCCGCAUAGCCGAGAGUCUCAAGCGACACAGCACUGGUGAAGAUACUGGCGAUAGCGACGCGGGUUUUGCAACAGCUGUGCAGGGCCGAUGCGACGUCGUCAAUUUGCAGAUUUCUGACCAAAGACCGGCUCAGGAUCAAUUCCACGAAGAUGACUUUUUGGAUGAUGAACCGAGUGACGAUGAAGAAUGGAAUGGCCGUGAUAUGGAGCUAAUGUCGACUGGUUAUGCUUGGUAAAUUUCAUGGAUCUUGGAUCCACUGUAAGGGUUAUCGUGGGCAAGGUUUGUACAGUAAUGCAGGUCCAAAGCACUUGCUCGGAUGGCGCGUGGUCAACAGUCUGAGUGCUUACGCUGAUGGAAAUCUGUUAAUGAGGCAUUCAAUGUACACACAGGUUCAAACAGAGUUGCUUCACUGUAAUAAGACAUAAUCUUCCUCAAGAC